AUGGCUGAGAGCGAGAAAGGAGAGGAGAUUAAGUCGAAAGAUGUGUUCAGAAUGGGUACAAAUGUAAAAGACAACGGUGACAUUAAGGGAAGUUUGGCGGUACGAAGUAAGGUGGAGCAAAAUGCUGUUGAAACAAACGAGUUGAAUGCCGUAUACGAAAAGUUUGCUAAUUUACCGUCGAAUGAUAUUCAACAAUAUUUCCAUGGUGUUCGUGAGAUCGUCACUGAGGUCAAGGAGAAGGCAGACGCUUGUGAGGAGCGGAUAUUAUAUUUGAGGCAAGAUUUACCUUACAAGAUGAAGGAAGUUAGUAAAGUGCAAAAUGAAUUGCUCAAGGAGAGAGAACGAGCUUCAAACGUUCUGCACGAGUUCAAGGAAAAACGAGAACUUGUAAUGCACAAGCUUAAAAGCGAGGCUCCAGAUUUGUUUGCUAAGUUAGAUUAUUAUUCUUCUUUAAAAAAUGAACUGCAGUUGCUGGCAUUUACUCGGGAUUUUUUGGAGAGUAAAAGAAGGCUUAAAGUUGCAUUGGCUAAUUCUGAUGUCCCCGCACUGCGUAAGGCGUUAACUGUUCUUCAGCGCCAACCUGAUUUUACUAUGAACCCUAAAGAGAUGGAAAUUUUCUGUUUGGAGCGACGAAAACUUGCAGAUGAAGCCAGAGUUUUCAUUCCAAAAGAAAUCAACAGACUUUUGAAGGACCUUCAUUACCCUUUUGAUGACCAUAGUGAUUUUUCUGCAUCAGAAUCUCUUGCUGCUAAUCUGGUGGAUGCUCUUAAGUGCUACAGCGACAUAUUAUUAUGCGACGGCUCAACAGAUCGGGACUCAAUGCUACUCUCGUUCUUGCAUAACCCUUUCGCUCAACGUUUUGAGUUUCAUUUCUUCAAGAGCCGGAAAACCAAUGUUGAUUCGAAACCAGAGUGGUUUUUUAAUUUGUUGCUCUCGUGGAUUGCUGGUAACAUGCCUUUCUUGGAAAAAUUAGGUCGUCAGCUUUUUGAUUCCGAGGAAGCUGUUAUGGAUGCAUUGCGGACUUUUCAAGAAACCCUUCUAGAUUUGGGGAGGCGGAAGAUGAGGGAAAUGUUACCAAGAGUUGUAGAUGAUAAAGUUCUUUUUUCACAUUUGAUUGACGAAACAAUAUUGUUUGAAAAAGACUUAAAAGAAAGCGGUUUGUCGUUAAAUACUGGCUCAGUGGUAGAGGUGCUUUUUGACGACCCUUUUCUAAGUAAAUGGCUUGAAUUGGAAAUGGAAAGUUUUCGAUGCAGUGUUGAAAGAUUUCUUUCAUCUGAGGCUUGCUGGAAGCAGAGAUAUCGUGAGGUUGCAGACACUGAUUGGUUUCGAGUUCCAGAAUGUACAGACCAAUUUAGUCUUUUACUUGAUUCGAUCACGGAGAGGUAUCGUUGGAUAGGUGAUGUAAAAAUACAAAUGAAGUUCUUUGGCAUUCAAGUGCUAAUGCUGGAGGAAUUUCACUUACGUCUGGUGCAGAUAUCACAGCGGUUGUCCUCUCCUUGGAAGGAACCGUUCAUGCAAAUCCUCAACUCCUUUUGGUACGUAAGUUGCGUGAUGGAGGAGUGGGCAGAUGCAGACGUUUUUCUCCGUGUACAAAUGCAAAACGCUGGCUCUCGUGUGCGGGGUAUAUUUACCGAAAUUGCAGAUUUAUACAAACACGUCUGGCACCAGCGAGUUUCUUAUAUGUGUGAUGAAUUUGCUCAGUAUAUAAAGCUUCAGCUGAAUAAAUACAGAAAUGUAAAGUGGUUCGCAUUUGAAGCAAAGAAGCCCACCGAUUUGACCUCCUCAUUUUGUCCAUUCUUGUUGGAAGUGAGACGCUUGUUUGGUCGCGUUGGAUCCUCAGUUUCUCCUGAUUCAGCAAAAAAAGUAUUUCAGAUGUUGAGUGUUAAGGUUGCAGAAGUUCUUGUUGACGUGAUAAACGGGACAUCUUUCAACAGUAGUGGAGCAUCACAAAUGCUGUUUGAUGUUAAAAGUUACCUUCUACCUGUUUUAAAUUCAAUAUUUGCUGAGUCAGUCCCUGCAAGAUACGAAACUUUAGAUGAACCAUUGUUUCAAGAAGUCAUCACUCUUCUUUCGCUACUUUCGCUUCCUGUGGGUGAUGUGAGUUUACUGCGCAGCGAACUCAGACAGUCACCUGAAGAAAUGGCUCCCUCUAUUCUUUCAAAUUACAGCGCGUCUAUGUUAAGCCGUGAUAAGGUACUUGCCCUCCUUCAACAACGUUGUGAUAUCGAAUUCGAUGAAGCGCUAUCUGUCAUUUUGUAA